ACUGCGUCGCGUCCUUCUCGGCGCUUUGCCUUCUUCCAAGAUGGGGGACAACGAGGGGGAAGUUUUGCGGGGGACUUUCCCCAGCCUCUUGGCUGAAGGAACCAUGCUUAGCCGACGCGGGGAGCUCACCAAAGCUCUGUCCUACUACACUUACGCCUUACAGCUUCAACCUGGCGACAGAAACUGCCUUGUUGCCCGUUCAAAAUGCUACUUGAGACUUGGAGAUACACAAAAUGCCCUAAAAGAUGCAGAAGCCUCUCUGACUGCUGACAAAGAAUUUACUAAGGGACUGUAUCAAAAAGCAGAAGCUUUGUAUACCAUGGGAGAUUUUGAAUUUGCUUUGGUAUUUUAUCAUCGAGGGCACAAGCUCCGCCCUGAUUUGCAGAAAUUCAGACUGGGUAUUCAGAAAUCCAAAGAAGCAAUUGAAAAUUCAGUUGGAAGCCCAUCAUCCGUGAGAUUGGAGAAUAGAGGGGACCUCUGCUUUCUGAGUCGCCAGGCAGAGAGUAAAAAAGCAAAGCAGAAACUUCAUAUCAAAAAGGAUUCAAAAUACUUAACUAAACAACAGGUCCCCGUAAGGAAUGAGAAGAUGGAAAGGCAGCUCCUGGGAGAGCUCUAUGUUGACAAGGCUUUUCUGGAAAAACUGCUCAAGGAUGAAGAGUUGAUCAAAAGUGUAACCAAGCAGGGAGUAACUGUUGGAGACUUACUUAAUGAGGGUCUUUCCUACCUGGAUACUCGCACAGAUUUCUGGCAGCAACAAAAACCUAUUUAUGCCCGGAUCAGAGAUCGCAAGCUUAUGUUGAAAAGAUGGACCCGAGAUCAGAAGCGGAAGCCCUCUGAGGUGGCAAGAUACAUACUAAAGAGCAUGGAGGACAUUGAUAUCCCUGGGAGGAAAAGAUUCCUCUUAUGAAGAGUAAUUUGGAGAAAACUUGGCUAUUCCACGAAAUUGGCAGAUGCUACCUAGAACUCAACAAAGCAGCUGAAGCUCGAGAUUAUGGUGAAAAGUCCUUGCAGUGCGCGGAGGAAGAGGGAGAUAUUGAGUGGCAGCUCAAUGGUGGGGUACUGGUGGCACAGGCACAGGUGAAACUGGAGGAUUUUCAGUCUGCAGUCACAUACUUUGAAAAGGCUCUAGAGAAGGCAAAACGUAUCCACAAUGAUGCAGCUCAGCAGGCAAUCAUCAUUGCUUUGGAUGAAGCCAACAAAGGGUUCAUCAAAGAGUUGAAAGAAGAACAGAGACUUGAGAGGAUGCGUGAAUUAAAAGAGUUAGAAGAUGAGGAGGAGGAGGAAGAGAAGGAGGAGGCCCUCAAGAGAGAUGCAGCUGAUAAAGAAAAAAAGGAGGAAGCUGAAAAACCUGAAUCUGAAGAAGUGAAAGAGGUAUUACCCCAAGAAGAAGAAGAAGAGGAAAAUAUGAAGUCACAGGUUCCACAUGUGGAACAUGUAGAAUUUGGAGAAAAUGCAGGACUGUUUAGCCACUAG